AUGAUGGUGGGCCUUCAAGAUGGUUCUAUUCCAGCAACCACAUUCAACUGGCCAAUGUUUUUCUAUGAAGACAGUGUAUAUGACCCAGAAGACCAGUUGAAAGGGCUCUUCUGGGGCCACAUUGCUUGGCAGUCAUGUUACAAGCAACACAUCAAAGAAAUCAAAGAACUGCACAUGGAAUCUUCUGAGAGUUACACUGCAUAUCAUUGCACAUGUACACAUAAUUUCUCAAGUUGUCUGACACUAACCACAAUUGAGGCAUAUCUUACCCUGAGUUUGGCACCCAAAUGGGCCAAUGAAUUUGGAGACAUUGACCUGCAGGCAAUGUCAUGGAUGAUCAUUGAGAUGUUUGAGCAUUCAAAUGACCAGACACAUGAGACCCUUGAGUGGUGGAACACAUAUGUUGUCCUCACCAUAAGCAUGCCAAACAUGAUGCUUGCUCAUGUUGUAUCUCAAAGCUGUGCACCAGCAUCAUCUUUGUUUUGUGACUCCGAUGUUAGUGAGAACACUAACAAUUCCAUUGCAAGUGUCAAUGGACCAGUAAUCCAUCCAAAUGGUCAGCACUGGCCUGAGCAUGAUGUCUCCCCACUUACAAGUGAUGAAGGUGAAGACAUGGAGGACAAGGCACCUCCACCUGUCCACAAGACUGUUCCAGCAAACAAGCAAUGUGCUGCCUCCCUUCUUACUAAUGGAAACGAAGACCCUGAGGUGCUGGCACCUGCCCACAAGAAAGCUGCACCAGUAAACAAAUGGCACAAGAAACCUGUAGAACAAGAGGAUAUCUUUGCAGACACUGUGGACUUCCCUGGCACAAAGACAUGCAAUGCCAUGGCGCAUGCCCAUAACCAACCCUGA